GGAACCGUGACAGUAUUGCACAACAGUCGUAGAUAUUAGAAGGAUGCGUGGCGACGGGCCGGCAUACGAAGCCGCCAUCGCCAUGAAGAACGUCGCUAUAAUCCUUUUCGUUGCUGUCGCCAGCCAUAUGGUGGUCGCUACACCUAUACCUGAACCGGGAGGUCACCGAACACACAUCAGAAUUCACGUACCCUACGACGUCCACACAAUCCACCAUCACCACGUCGAGAAAGUGCCGAUUUUGCACGAAGUACCAGUCAUCAAGGAGGUACCGAUUCUGAAGGAGAUCAUCAAACAUGUACCUGUUGUCAACACUGUCCACGUCCCAGUCGUAGAGACGGUGGCAGUGGAGAAACCAGUGUUCGUACCAGUACCAUACAAGAGUCAUGGGUGGCAUUGAGGUUUUACUACACCGAAUUUCAACGCAGUGUUUAUUAAGUGAUGUGUGUUAACGCAACGUACCCGCCUAUUGUUAUGUUGUGUAAAUCUUCCGGUGUGGCCGACGCUUUAUAGUCAAUAAUUAAAUGUUUCUCUAAGGUCUACACAGGGUAUAAUUCAAUCUCUUUAAACGUGUAUAUUUUCUAAGAGAAUGUAUUUACGCUGUUUAGACAGCGAUAAACGAUGUC